CACAACCAAAACAAUUUCCCUCAAAUUUCAAAAAUUUGUAACUCGCGGGGUCUUGAAUCAUAUUGCCCAUUCUUCGAAGCUCCUUAGUAUCUCAGCAAAAAUCUUGCAUACCAGUGGAAAUUCUCCAACCGUUCAUCCAAUGCUGCUCCCUCCCCGGAACAUACUUCAUGAAAUUCUGCCAACUUUGCAAUCCACAAUUUACGUAAACUCCACAAGUCAGUCCUAAAGUGAUACCGAGUGCUAGUGUCCAAGAGAAAAUAAGAGUGAAUAACCAUUUUCGCUAGAUUCCCCACAAUCUCAUACCCACGAAUUUCAUAUCAGUGCCUCUGAAUAAUUUUGUGCGGAUAAAAUGAAACACACGGAGCGUAAUUUCUCGUAUUUCACGAACUCGCCCCCAGGGACGAUAAUGCGCCUAAAAAUAGUGGACCACAUCUACCCACUCCCAAAGACAUUCAAAGACAUAUCGAACGGCGAGCCGAACAUUCUGAUCAAUUACGAGAAAUUCCCACUGCAUUCCACGCCUCUCACCCUGAGGAAAUCCACCCCAAGCUCACCAAGAAAGAGUCGUAGCGCAACGUCUCUAGCACCGGAGGUCAACUACCGGCACCCAAGGGGCCACCAACGAUCUCCAGUUUUUUUUUUCGAAAAGUCCCGGAGAUACUCCAUCGGCGAUUACCUACGCCUGGAGGACCUGCGCUCCCCAGAGAUUCUCACCAAGAGCGACGAGCAGUUGGCAUUCGACAGGUACAACCGUGUCCGAGAAUACUUGAAUCAUGACAAUGAAAAACGUAGGAAUUCCCACCCGAGUGAUGACGGUGACUCAGACAUGCCCUGCGAGAAGCCAAUGAGAAUAAAGAGACGGUACUCAGACAAUCGUCGAAGUGCCAGAUGUAAUUAUCGCCCGAGGAAGGUGCGGAGUGAUGUCAACAUCAGGUCAACCAGUCCAUCGUCUGAGAGGAGCGCCAGAGAGAGGAGAUCCUACAGGAGAACCAGGAGCGACUUGUCCCCGAAGUCAGACAGAAGUUACCUCCAACCUGAGAGACGUAUUUCAAAAAUCGAGAGGAGUAUCUCGUGUCCGAGGGGGUGGAGAUGCGCUCUGAUCCCCAGGACUCCUAGGAUUCACGAGAGUCUUAUCGAGUGCAAUGACGAUGCUGAUAGAAUCCUGGAGGACUUGGGGAAAUUAAAACCGGAUGAGGAGGACCUCUCCACCGAGGCUGAAACCAUCCUCCAGGAGAAUUAUUUGUUUGUCGAUCCCAAGGUCGAGGGAACUGGGGACUUGAGUUAUUUCGGGGGGAUGGAAACUACGGGGAUGUGCCCGGGUGAGAUCAUUGAUGGAUCUGGUGAUGAUGAUCGUGGGGACGGGUGGAGGAUGGGGAAUUUCGAAUCGACCCUCGGCCCGGGGGGAGAUAUGGCUGGGAAUUACUUCAAACGUGUUUACGAUCUACUGAAGUGUCGUCAGGCUGCCAGAGGAAGUGAGGAUGAAAGUUGUGGUCCCAGGAGAUCUGGGGAGUCUUCCUCCUCAGAUGUUGCUGUUGACAAGGGGAGGAGGAGAAGGCGACGGAAGCGACGGGAUCGGGGGAGAGGUGAGGGGGUGGUAGUUUCGCCUGGUGGUCAGGAUUCCUGGCGCCACCAGAUAAACAACAACCAAACUGAGGAUGAGGUUGACCACACAAAUUAUCUAAGUUUUUGCCGUCCCCAGCUGCGUGAUCUAUCGGACAAUAACAAACGUCGUCCACCACCACCGAUACCAGCUAAAUACAAGAUCAAUGCCCGGGACAUAAGCAAAUACUUCAAUUAUCCGAAUAAGGAGAAUAGUCCUGGUUAUGUAGUUGUUGAUGGUGAGGGUGAUACGAAUGGGGAUAAGAUGGGCUCGAAUUUCAGUAGGCACAGCGAAAAAGGCCUCACUGGACGCAGGGCACAGUCCUCUGGCAAUCUCUGUGACCCCAAAGGAAAACUCAAUCACGUUGGAAAGAUACUGGUGCCAUGCUCUAGUGGUCCACAAGAAAGGUACAAAAUAUCGGGGUCUCUGCCGAACAAUCUGGACGAUCAGGAGUCCCUGGAGGAUGAUCUGAUAGACAACAACAACGUGAUAUCCGACACGAUGAGCGGAAAUUUAGGGGGCACACUACCCCACAAAAAGAGAAUUCACGGGGUGCAUUCCUCUGAUAGUCCAGUGGGGGCUCUCGAUCUUGUGAGAUAUCGCUCGCAGGAUUCAUUAGAGGGAAAUCCGUGGAGGUAUCAACAUGACAGCGAUUUGGAUCUCGUCCGUUGCAAACACGGUAACUUCGACCUUGUGCGUAAAAAUCAGAGCGUAGACACCGUAGACUCGGCAGUGAGAUACUCGCGUGUUUACGAUGACAAGUACCACAAUAAUCAUCUCGAUCUUGUUGGUACAUUACCAAAGAGGCGGAUCGAUCCGAAGUGGUGUGAUCCAUCAAGAAUUCAGGCGUUCCAACAGCAGAGUAACAAUCCCGAUGGGGAGUUAUUAAUGAAAGUCGUUCACAAACCGGAGUGCGAAUUGAUGAAGCAUCGUCAGUUUGAUCAUUUAACUGAUAUCAAAACGAGUAGACUUGGUGGAGAGCCACAGGAUCAGGGUUAUGCAUCGGAGAGAUCACCCGAGGAUGAGCACCCACCAUCUUUGCCGGGACAACCAAUCCUCCGAAUAGUUCCAGAGAGCACGUUUCGGGUGACCCUGCAGAAAAGUAGCCGUGGGCUUGGGUUAAGUGUAUCUGGUGGUGGUAGCGCUGGUCCAGUGAGAGUUAAAAGGCUCUUUCCUCAACAGCCAGCGGCACUAUCCAACAAACUUCAACCCGGUGACAUUCUUCUUGCGGCAAACGGAAUUCCCCUCACCGGUCUCACCAACUACGAGGCACUGGAGGUACUUCGAACGACAUCGAGCACGGUGGAGCUUUUAGUGUGUCGACUCCCAGGGGAUGAGCAAAAUAUUUCACCCCCUGGUGCACCACCACCCCCUCCAGCCCGUCGUGAGCCGCCUCCACCCUUGAGAUUACUCAAUCCACUUCCACCACUUCAGAUCGAACCUUGCGGGGAAUUUGACAUUGAGAUGACUAAAGUGGGCGGAAGUUUGGGUUUCACUCUACGUAAGGUGGAUAGCAGUGCUUUGGGGCAUUAUGUGAGGGCAUUGGUGCGCGAACCAGCAUUGAGCGACGGUCGUAUUCAGCCAGGCGACAAGAUUGUUGCGGUUGAUGGUGCACCCCUGUCACCAAUGAGCCACGAGGAGGCAGUUGCAUUGCUCAGGCAAUGUGGUCCAAGAGUUAAACUUCGUCUUUAUCGAGACUUGGCACAGACCCCCGUAUCAGCAUUGUCACCCACUGAGCCCGAUCAUCCACUUCGUCCGCCUCGAACCAGUCUGCGACAAGAGGCAAUGGACAUGCUUUGUGAUCUGGCUGUUCGCAAGUUGUCACCAGGGACAUCAAACGGCUCAACCUGUCAGCAAUCAUCAGGUGCAUCCACCAAUUCCCCUCGAAGACUCAGAAGGCCACCCUCGAGGACACCAACUGGUGAACGAGACAACGAACCGAUUUACUCAUCGAACCAGGUGUCAACUGGCAGUCAGGUUGACACAUCGGACAGUGAUCAGUGCUCGAUAAAGACCCAAAUAGCUAAAGAUACUGGAGAUGACAUAAUCGAUCCACCAGCUCUGUAUGACGAAUCUGAUUCGUUUGACUCGGGUAAACCGUCACGUCCGAACUUUCUAAAUCUCGGUGGUCCCCUCGAAAAGCCCAACUAUCAAUUCAGUCUCGAGUCAGAGAGGGAGGAGACCAUUAUCAUACCUGAGGGCAGUAAGAAUACGAUCGAUUACAUCGAGGAGCUCCAUCGGGAGAUCACGGAAGACAGCGCUUUGCCAUCUGAGCCGGCUUCAAUGCCACCAAUCAUGUCCUCUGUCAGAACUAAUAGUGAAGCCUUUAGCUACAAAAAUCCUGCGUAUCAGAGCGCCAAUCCUACAUGUGGGGGUGGUGAUAACGGUGCCAAAAGUAAAAUAUCUCACUCCAGUGAUCAAGACAUUCCAGGAAAAGUGUUGAGCGGUGAGGAUCCAGGGGGUAGUAAGGGCCUCUUGAAGUGGAAGGGAGUGAUGUUUGCACCAGAGGACGAGGAAGACAUGGCUGAACCCAAUGAGCGGGAAAGAAUGCGAGAGGAGAGCCUUCAGAGAGAUGGAUAUGACGUAUUCAUGGUAGAAUUGACAAGGGGAUGGAAUAGCCGACUGGGUUUCAGUUUACAGACGGAUGUUAAUGGUACAGUUAUAUCGAUGGUGCAUCCAGAUAGUGUUGCAGCUAAGGAUGGCAGACUGAAGCAGGGAGAUGUAUUAAUUAUGGUGAAUGACGAGAGUGUGGAGGAAAUGGCAACGUCUGAGAUAAUCGAUCUUCUGAGGAAGAUACGAGGCUCCAUUGGCAUUACUGUCGCAAGAAAAAAAGCCGAAACGUGAUAAUGAGGGAUUUUUAACGAGCUUAAAUAAUAGCACUGAUCGACAGAAUUUUAAAUUCAGGGGGAUAACAGAGGGAUUGACAUUGUGAAUUUGAAUUUGCAAUGGAGUGCCUGACUGUAGUGAGAUGGUAACGAAGCACUUGCUACAGCAAAUUAUGGAAAAAUACGACUAAUUAAUGAUGUUGACAGAUUAAUUCCGUUGAAUCAACGGUGUAAAUUUUAAUUCAAUCCGAGGGAGUAUUACGAUAGUAGUUUCUUCUCGUGAAAUAAUGUCAUGUUGAAUCAAAAGAUAUGCAUUUAUUUGAUGAAUAAUCGAUCGUAAGUUAGAUGAUAACUAUAAUCUAUCGUUAAUGCAAUCAUGUCCAUUCAGAUGUUUUAAUUCGUCGUAAAAGACCUAAUGUAAAUCAAUACGGAGAGAUUAUUUAUGCCACCGUUGAAUUGUGUAAAGAAUGCAAUAUUUUUUAAUCGGUGAGGGAUUUUUAACCGUCGUGCAAUAAUGAGGUGGAAUUUAAUGAGCGAGUGCUAAUCAAAGAGUCAAUCAAACUAGAUUAUUGAGAGUAUCACCGUAGAGUAUUACAAUAAAUUUUUUGUUACAUUUUUUUUUUAGGAAAUUGCGAAUAUCGAUCAAUCAUGGGUCGAAGGGUUCUGAAGGAGUCAUGAAAAAAAAAUGCAAAAUCAAUGUGUCAUUAUUCUCUUGGAUCUACGUGAGCUUUUGUUCCUUCGCAACUCUUCAGGAUCCUUCACUAAUCAAUCAUUAAUAUGCUUGGGAUGGAGGCGAAAUAGCUGUGAAAAUUAUCACGUAUGAUAUUCCAAUGCGUUUUAAUCAACAGGUUCGAUGUUGAAGUUGGAAAUUAAAAUAACGUUGUGAGAGAUAUCUCGAGCUCGUAUUUAUUCAGAUUUUAUUCAAGUGAGGCAGUGUAAAUACAGGAGAGAAAGUGUUCGGGCGAUUCACUGUUAGGGGCUCUGUAUUUUUAUUUGAAAUAGGCCUGUGGUUAAUUAAUCAGUGGAUUAACGAGAGGGAAUUCACUGCGUGGAUCAUAACUAAUAAAUAUUUGUCGGCGAAGAUAAUUUUUCGAGUGUCCUUAGGGUUCAAAUUAGAUUAUCGAUGAAGAGGCGUUACUAAUUGGCGGUAAGUUGAGUUAAAUAAAUGUGAUAGCUAGUUUCUAUUAGGAUGUUAGAAUUGUCGCGUGAGGAAUAUCAAAACUAAUGGUGUUUAACUCACGAUUUACCUUGGAUGUGGAAAAUUAUGAUUAUUGAAGAAAUUGUACCAAAUGUUGAUGUGUAAAUAAAAUUGAAGGCGCUGGAUAGAUAUUUCAUCAGCUGUUGAAAAUAUACUCGAUUCAAUUCAA